GAAUCACGACGGCCAUAUCCAAACAAAGACGUUGUCCUUCACGGAUGACCCAUCCUCAUCGGUUUUGCCGGAAAAAGAAGAGAGGAACUACAGUAUCCGGUUGGGCCGCCGGAAUAGCCUUAUCUACUUUUUAGAAAUACCUACAAACAUAGAAGAGAACACCAUUCAUAGAAGCCUUGCUUUUCGUCCGCACGCACACACGGCCCAACAUCUAUUCAGCCGUUUCACGAAUGAGCGACGAUCUCUUCGACGUCUUCAACGAGCAGCCAACUCCUACAGGAGCGGCAGCGGAGCUAACGAACACGGCCGCUACCACCACCACUACUACCGGCGCGGUACCUCAAUAUGAAUCGACAGACGCAGUAGUCGUUCUCGAGGACGACACCGAUGAUACACUUCGCGUUCUGACAGUCUUAGGUGUGCAGGCGAAAGUGGCACUGCAGGAGCACCGCCGUCUACGGAUCCUCGUUUCCCCUCGCCAAGCGAUGCUCCUACACAACGACCACUGACAGGCACGGCACCCGCAGCCAGCAUGGCGCCUCCGUUGCCUUUACCCGUUUUAGCCCCUGCGAGUACCUCGUCUUCCAGCUCGAGAAACGGCGCGGUGAUGAUAAUCCGCGCGUCGCCGGCGUCGGACGUCCGCGGCGGGGACAACAACUCCGCGACUGCUCCAGCGAAGACUACGCCAUCACCGCCCGCCUCGGCUGUGUUCACGGAGCCGCACAGCCGCAUACGGGUACGCAGGGCGACGGCCGCGUUUGAGCAGCUUGCGGUUCGCCUCGCUGAAUUUCCCUACGCAUCGUUUGCGCUGUUCCGCCAGGCAGCGGUUCGCAGUGGUGCCCACGCAACUGUGCCGCGGACCUGCGUGGGCGUGGUGACGCGCAAGUCGGAUCCGAAGCAGAACACCACGCAGGCACGCUCCUCUCGCUACGCCGUCCUUUCACUGUGGAGCAUGGAGAACAUUUCGCCUACUCCUGAAACCGAAGUUAGUUUUCUGCUUUGCGGCGACGCUUUUGAUUUGUUGUACAGUCAGCUGGUGCGAGGUUCCGUGGCGGCCCUCAGCAACGUCGGAAUGUGCCCCCGCAAAGGCGGCGGCGGUGGCGGCGCUGGAAGUGAUCUCGACGUGCUUCUCCGCGUCUCCGACCACAUGUCGGUGCGCCAGCUUGGUUUUGCGGCGGACCUCGGCACGUGCACGUCGGUGUCGCACAAGUCAAAUGAGCGUUGCCACGCUGUGGUGAACACGCAGCAGUCGCAGCACUGCAGCUACCACGUGGGUGAUCUGCGCAAGGUGGCUCGUGGGGCUGAGGGCGGCACAUCAUCGAAGGGACCUUCUGCGCGCCGAUUUGUAGGCGCAUCCUCUUCCCCGUCUGCUUCUUCGUCCACCGCCCCCGUUAUGAAGGGAGGCGCACUGACGAGUCACAUGACGCUUUCGUCUUCGACAGGGGCGCGUCGUGCAGACCCGCUCGGGCCGGGUAGCGUCGCGCUCCGCAGCACGGCUGCAUCGCCGUCCUUGUCAUCGUCGCUGCUGCAGCAGCACGUGAAGGCCCGUCUCGCGGCUUCGCAUCAGUUACUGCGGCAGCCGUCGUUUUUCGCCGUGCGCGGUGCUACCGGGCUCCCCGUAGACGACGCCGAGCAGCGACGAGGGAUGACGUCCGCGGGCACCGGUGUCUACGGCGGUGUGCACAGCGGGGCUCCGCUGCCGCUGCAGCACAAAGUCGGCCUUCGACCGGCAGAGCGCUACCCCUCUGCCCAGGAGUUGGGUGUGACGUCACGCGGGCGCGACGUGCUGGAAGCUGCCCGGAUGCAAGCCGUCUUGAGUGAAGAGGAGAAGCUGCUGCGGCGCUCCCUGCGACCCACGGAGCAGAGGAAGACGCGUGACAAGCUGAAUGGGAAUGCCCCCGGUGGGCCAAGCGGUGUGGCAGGUAGCGGUAGCAGUGGGAGCACACGCAAAGCAGCAGACGCAAAUGCAGCGGCCACUCGUGUUCGUACGCGCGACUUCAACUCGGGCAAUGCGAGCACCUGCGUGGAGGACGUACGCUCCAACAAGCGUACGCGCACCGAGGCGGUGCCAACGUCGACCGCCUCCCCACGAGCACCCGCUACAUUCCCCACAGCGACGUCGGCAGCGGCAGACGCGGAGCGUGUCGCGGCCCUCCGUCUGCAGUUUCAGCCGCUCCACCACGGCACGGCCGCCACCUUUGCGCCGCUCAGCAGCCAGAGUUCUGUCCACUCCGUCAUUCCAUCUGCGACGCACAAAGACUACCGCCACGCCGUCGUGAUGGCCGUCGGAGGCGGGGCCGAGAGUGACGGGCACCAAGCAUCGACGGCGCUGCUACGUGCUGCCGCCAAGGCAGCCAAAGACUUGUCGAAGCGUGAAAAUAGGAGCAGCGAAGAAGUCAACAACGCUGCUUUUGGCGCAUCUUCUCCGUCGCCCAGAACGGCUGCAGAAGAGUUGGGCAGGCACUCCAGCGAGGAGACCCUUUCACUGACGCUGUUAGGUGCGGUGGCAAGUGGGGUGCGAAGUCAACACGAUCACCUGCGCGGUGAGGCAGACCGGCAGCGUCUCCUCUCCUUUGUGGACAAGCAAAUCACGAAAGAAAAGGCCCUGGAGGCGCUGGAAGCCGUCUCGCAGCAAGAGAUCAAGGCCUACUACUGCUACGGCUGCCGGUGCUGGUACGCGAAGCCGCCGACAACGUGCGUGGAGCAGCACCACAGAACGGAGCUGAAGCCGGCGCUGAAGAAGUACAUCAAGUGCGAGCACUGCCACUACAAGACCUUCGUGAUUGGCGGCGAUGACGCGAAGGGUUGGAAGGUCUUUCCAAGAUGUCCGCGCUGCCAUGAAGCGAGCUUCUGGGUUCGUGGUGACGCCGCGCCGCAGAUAGCUGGGCCGGUGGAGGAGCCGACUCCGCUCUAA